AUCAAGCACCUAGACAUUCGGACUUCUACAAAAAUUUGUGAAAGAAUGGGUCGCUUUCAGGAGCUCAGUGAAUUCAAGCGUGGUACCGUGAUAGGUUGCCACCUGUGCAAUAAGUCCAUCCAUGAAAUUUCCUUGCUACUAAAUAUUCCACGCUGAACUGUUUGUGGUAUUACAACAAAGUGGAAGCAACUGGGAACAACAGCAACGUGGUAGGCCACGUAAAAUGACUAAGCGGGGUCAGAGCAUGUGCAGAAUCUGCCAACUGUCUGCAGGGUCAAUAGCUAAGGACCUUCAAACCUUGAGUGGCCUUCAGAUUAUCACAACAACAGUGCGUAGAGAGCUUCAUGGAAUGGGUUUACAUGGCCGAGCAGCUGCAUCCAAGUCUUACAGCACCAAGUGCAAUGCAAAACUGACAAAUCAUGCUUCUCUGUCUGGCAAUCUGAUGGACGUGUCUGGGUUUGGCGAUUGCCAGGAGAAUGGUACUUGCCUGAGUGCAUUGUGCCAAGUGUAAAGUUU